UUAGAUGGGUUUCGCACUGUUCUUAAUUUGUGUGGCUAGUAACUGAAGAUGUCGAUUGUGGGGACAGUGGGUUAGAUUAGCGCUACCAAACCCUGAGGGUAUAUCUGUAUUUCGGUUGAUGUGGACAAUGGUGGUGAAGUAAAAGAAACAAACAAAAAAAGUAAAGGGAUCUGAGUAAAACAUCGUUAUUAACCGUGUGAUAGAGAAAGGCAUCUAUGAGAGAUGAGGUGGAAGAUAAGCCCCUUGUGGUCGUUGUGAUAGCAGGGAGUUGGGAAAUUUCUGAUGCUGGAGUAUGGGAUUUUGUGCUUGCAAAAGAAUGCUAUGCAAGGACCGUCACCAUGCGUAUGUCCAUGAGUUAUGAAGAGUUGGUCUCACAUGUUACUGAUGAGUUUGAGCUGGCAGAACUCAACCUGAAGCCAAAAUUGAGUUAUUGGCUUCCAUGUCAGCUAUCUAUGUUCUCCGUCAACAGAAGACCUCCACUUAUCAUUACCAGCAGAAUGGGUGUUUCAGACUUUCUAAAUAUUCGGAGGACCUCCGUUCACUUAAAUCUGUUGUUGUCCUUGGACGUCUCACGUGAUCCAGGCAAUGGUUGUAGUACUGGAGAUGAUCCUCAAGAAGGCUUGUGUGAGUACUGGAGAUGGUGACACUACUGGCCAGGAUAAUGGCGACGUGAAUCAUUCUCAGCAAGACAUUGAGAGAAUUCGGCUAUGUAGCAUACAGACUGUUCCUUCACAGAGCACUGAAGGUUAUGGUGGAAGUGGUGUCAGGCGGAUGUUGUUUCCUCCCAGUACUGAAAAAGGGAAAGGCAUUGUCGUGGAUGAUGGGCCAAAUUACCCUCUUCAGAAUAGUAUGCCUGGUUUACGUGGUGGUUUCGGUGAGUGUGGAGAAGGGACGAGUGAUGGUGAAAGGGCUGUUCCAGAUAAUAGUAUUGAGCAGUGGCCAGGGACAGAUAUGACUGGUAUAAUAAAUCUUGCAGAUGCCGCAACACCGUCGCUCUCAUAUAAUAUCGAAGACAAUGAGGACGAAAGAGCACACUGCAGCUCUGAAGAUGAACGUGUACUUCGAGAGUUUGAACUACUUGAACAGAGGCAGGAGGAGCUGGCCAGAGAGAAGGGAAAAGGGCCAGUCCUUCAAUCUCCAGAGCAAAUUGUCCCUCAAACUCCUUACCAAGUGUAUACUGAAGUGGGUGACUUUGUUGUCCCUGAUCGUGGAGACCUCAAUGAUGUUGGUAGUGAGGAAUGUUCCACAGAUGGUGUCACUCCUUCUCCUUCAGAGGUUCCUGUAGAUUAUGAGUACGACAUGUGGAAUGAUGCUGAUAACGGUGGCUUUGUUGGUGAGUUGGAUAUGCCUCCUAUGGAGCUAGGGGGUCCGUCAUCGGUAGCAGAACCACAAAAUGCUGAAUGUGAUAACAUCCCAGUGGGGGGAACCAAUUCCGUGGAGGCCUGUUUAUUACCUGUAAAACCAAAUAAGCGGACACCAGAUGUAGGGGAUCAGGUGCUGUCGUAUGUUACAACUGCAAGACGUCCGCCAAACCCUCGGAACAGCUUGGAUGACGACAUAAACAAUGAGGCGUCAUUGCCAACUGAAGAUCCAGAGCUGGUGUUUGACGAUGUAAUUUACUUGACGAACACUGAUGGUUGUGGACCUGUAUCAGCAGAAGAAGAUGCAAUUUUUAUUGGCCGUCUGUUUAAAGACAAAGACCAUAUGCAGAACACCAUCUCCAUAUACGCUAUCAAACGACUUUUCUACUUUCGGCAAACAAGGUCAGACCCAGAGAGGCUCAUAUUUAACUGUGUUGAUCCGCACUGCAGAUGGAGAGUCUUUGGCCAUGUUGUCUCGAGUUUUCAAAGAAUUUUGAGAUACGUAUUGAAACCUUAACCCACACUUGCACAAUAGCAUCUAGGGGACAAUAUGCAAAGCUAGCAUCUUCAAAGGUCAUUGCCUCUGUGUUGCACGACAAGUACGCAAAUGGGCGUCCAGGCCCAAGAACAAGUGAUAUACCAGACAUUGUGCUGUCGGAGCUAAAGGUUUCUGUCACGUACAUGAAGGCCUGGUACGCAAAAGAAGCUGCUGUUAGGAAUAGCAGAGGCACUGAUGAAGAAAGUUACAAGCUAUUAGCUACAUAUAUGUAUUUGUUGGAGCGAGGGAAUCCUGGGACUGUCUACAAAUUGGAGCAUACAUAUGCACAAGAUGGGAGCAAGAAGUUCAAAUACUUGUUUUUUGCACUCGGUGCAAGCAUUGCAGGAAUAAAGCAUUGCAGGAAGGUUAUACUUGUUGAUGGUACAACUAUCAAAUCGAAGUUCAAAGGGGUCCUCAUAGCGGCGAGCAUGCAGGAUGCAAACUUUCAAGUUUACCCCAUAGCAUUUGGGGUUGUCGACUCUGAGAAUGAACUAGCAUGGACUUGGUAUUUUAGGAAGCUUAGUUUGCUUGUACCAGAUGCUGCUGACUUGGUAAUUGUUUUUGAUCGACACAGGGCUAUCUAUUCUGGAAUUGCUCAGGUUUACCAAUAGGCUUUUCAUGGUGCCUGCGCAGUUCACAUAGAGCGGAAUGUCAGACAUUUUUCAGGCAAAGGCCUAUCAGCAUUUCAAGGACUCGUUUGAUGAAAUCGUUGCCAGAAGCACCCGGUGCAUUGAGUAUCUCAAUGGAAUUCCACUUCCACAUUGGACUCAAGCUUUUUGUACAGCGAAGCGGUAUAAUAUCAUGAGCAGUAACGUAGCUGAAGCUUUGAAUAGUGCAAUUGCGAAGAUUGUGGAGCUACCAAUCGUGACGAUGGUUGAGUCAAUCAUGACGAAGCUGAUGCAGUGGUUCUGCAUUAGACGAGCGAAGGCGAAGAAAAUGCUUACCCUUCCUAAGCCAAUAUGUCCAAAUGUGAAUAAAUUGAUGCUUCGCAAGCUUGUCGAAUCUGCUGGUUUGGCAGUAACUGCAGUUUAGGAUUGGACUUACGAAGUGCGUAAAAAACAGAGGGGAAGACGUACUUUGUAGAUCUUCAGAAUAAGUUAUGUACGUGUAAUGGGUUUCAGAAGCUGCUGAUUCCGUGUUCUCAUGCCCUGGCUGCCGCAAGGGUAAAUGGUGUGUACGUUCCUUCCCUAGUAGGGAAAAUGUACCAUGUAACUGUUUUUGGUGACACUUAUGCGGAGCUAAUAUAUCAUGUCCCUAAUCAAGGCGACGAAGAUGUCCCUGUAAUUGUGUUGGAGAAUGAAUUCAACCCUCCUACGAACCCACCAGGUCCAGGACGCAGAAGGAAAAGAAGAAUUUCGUCAACCGGAGAACAUGUGGGGAAUAAAAGGAAGAGAACUGCAGCACAUAAGUGUUCUACAUGUGGUCAACCAGACCAUAAUAGAGCGACAUGCAAAAACGUGAUUGGAUAAGAUAAUUUUUUAACUCGUUGCCUUGUUUUUUUAAAAAACAUUAUUGAACUUGUCUUACAAAGUUCUACUUUGCCAAAUUAAAAGAGUCCAUUUGAUGUCGUGUAAUUAUUGUAGGUUGCGUGGUUCUGUUUUUUGGCCACCAGAGGCAUGGAAACUUUUGCCUGCAGUAGAAGUCAAUCUAAGGAAUAUAUACGCUUGCAGUUACAUUGCCACAUUUGUUAGUUUUUUGUGAAAGUACAGUAGAAGGAAAGGUUGAAGAAGGCGAUAUGUGAUUUUUUGGUGUUUUGGGCGGAUAAAUCACUAGAUAGUGAAGUGAUUCUGUUCGUUCUUUACUCACUUGUUAAGUAUGGUUCAUGUGACUUGUUGAACCGCGGUUCGUACUUGUAUCAAUAUUGAAAACAUAUAUAUAAAGCUUCUGGUGGAUAAUGCUUAUGUUGCCAUAAAAGCAGUUUA